AAAACACAAGUCUCUGCAUAUUCAAAUUUGAGCCUAUAAAUUAAACGAGGCGGGCGAGUGUUGUGCAACUCUUCUCUUCAGUUACUUAAUUUCUCUGAAGCCUCAGAAAUGGAGUUAGACCCUGAAGACGUUUUCAAAGACGAGGAGGAUGAUUCAGAUUCUGAAUUCUAUCAGCAAAGAGAAUCUUCCAAGGAAUUUGUGGUCUAUCUUGUCGAUGCUUCUCCUAAAAUGUUCUCCACUACGUGCCCGGGCGAAGAUCAAAAGGAUGAAACUCAUUUUCACAUGGUAGUCAGCUGUAUUGUUGAAUCUCUGAAGACUCAAAUCAUUAAUAGAUCAUACGACGAAGUUGCAAUCUGCUUCUUCAACACCAGGGAGAAGAGGAAUUUGCAGGACCUCAAUGGUGUUUUUGUGUACAAUGUUGCUGAAAGAGAGUAUCUAGACAGGCCAACUGCAAGGCUUAUAAAAGAUUUUGAUAGCAUAGAGGAAUCAUUUUUGAAAGAAAUUGGCAGUCAGUAUGGCAUUGUGUCCGGUUCUAGAGAGAAUUCCCUUUACAAUGCUCUUUGGGUAGCACAAGCACUUUUGCGUAAAGGAUCUGCAAAAACUGCUGAUAAACGUAUACUCUUAUUUACAAAUGAAGAUGAUCCUUUUGGAAGUAUGCAGGGUGCGGCAAAAACAGAUAUGACAAGAACCACAUUGCAGCGAGCUAGAGAUGCACAAGAUCUUGGCAUUUCAAUUGAACUUCUCCCCUUGAGCCGGCGUGAUGAAGAAUUCAAAAUUUCACUUUUCUAUGCUGAAUUGAUUGGACUAGAAGGUGACGAACUUUCUCAAUUUAUGCCCUCCGCAGGACAAAAAAUGGAAGAUAUGAAAGAUCAGCUGAGAAAAUGCAUGUUUACAAAACGUAUUGUAAGAAAAAUCACAUUCUCAAUUACAAGUGGGAUGUCAAUUGAAUUGAAUACAUACGCCUUGAUACGUCCAACUACACCAGGUGCAAUUACAUGGCUUAAUUCUGUGACCAAUCGUCCUUUAAAGACAGAAAGAUCUUUCAUUUGUGCGGAUACAGGUGCACUAAUCCAUGAAUCUCCAAAGCUCGCUCAUGCUUAUAAAAAUGAGAAUAUUAUGUUCUCCGUAGAUGAGCUAUCAGAGAUUAAAAGAAUUUCAACUGGACAACUUCGUCUUCUCGGAUUCAAGCCUCUAAGUUGCUUGAAAGAUUAUCACAACCUGAGGCCUCCGACAUUUGUUUUUCCUAGUGAUAAGGAAUUGAUUGGUAGCACUAGCAUUUUCAUUGCUUUGCACAGAUCAAUGUUGCGUCUUAAGCGUUUUGCUGUUGCAUUCCAAGGAGGUUCAUCUCAUGCUCGAUUGGUUGCUCUUGUCGCGCAAGAUGAGAUUGUUACUGGCGGCGGUCAGGUUGAACCACCAGGAAUGCACAUGAUUUAUCUUCCUUACUGUGACGAUAUCAGAGAUAUUGAUGAAGAGUUUCCUUCAGAGUCAAAUGCUGGAGUAGCUCAUGCAUCUGAUGAUCAAAUUAAAAAGGCUGCUGCUUUAAUUAAGCGUGUGGACCUAAAAGAUUUUUCAGUUUGCCAAUUUUCGAAUCCUGCUUUGCAGAGACAUUAUGCAGUGUUGCAGGCCUUAGCUCUAGAAGAAGAUGAAAUGCCAGAAUGCAAAGAUGAAACACUUCCUGAUGAGGCAGGCAUGGCUAGACCAGGAGUUGUCAAGGCAAUAGAGGAAAUCAAGCUUGCUGUUUAUGGUGACAAAUAUGAUGAGGAAAAUGUCAAAGUAAAUGAGACCACAAAGAAAAGGAAAGCAGCUGCCGAAAAUGCCAAAGAUGAGUCUGCAAAUUACGACUGGGCUAGUCUUGCUGACAAAGGCCAGUUGAAGGACCUGACGGUAGCGGAAUUGAAGCUGUACUUGACAGCAAACAAGCUUCCUGUUACUGGGAAGAAAGAAGUUUUGAUCAGCAGAAUAUUGACUCAUAUGGAAAAAUGAAAACCAUAUGCUGAAACCAAAUGGAUAUACGAAGAAGAUAGAUACAGGUGCUCAUGAAUGCCUUAUUUUGUAACAGAGUCAUGAUCAACCAAAAAUUCUGCUUUAACUUAAUAGCCAUCUAUGACUAGUUCUAACUUCUAACUAGGCAAAAUCUAUAACAGGACCCUUGAAGUUUUACUUGUUUUUGUUUAUGGGUCCUCCAACUUCAUUUUGUUUGUUUUUAUGAAAUUGACGGAUUAUAUAAUUGGUGAUAAGAGAUUAAUA